CAGGUAAUUUUUUUCAAAAUUUUGAUUCUUAGAUAUGUAUCUGGAGUGAAACUAAUUUUUACAUGUGUCCAUCUUUUUUAAUUGACACUUAUGUAAUUCUCAGAAAAAGUUAUAUAAAAAAGACAAAAAAAAACUCAUAUCAGUGAAACAGAAACGAGAACCAAAACACAAUUUGUUUUUUGUCGGGGAUUUAUUUAGAUAUUACAAUUAUGAGAAAGAUUACAAAGACAAUUCGAUAACCGGCAAUACUACCUGUCUUAUGAGGAUCUACGCUUAACUGCAUCAUUUGAGCCGUCCUAUGAAGAUCACGCCUGAUCGGAUUUACUUGCACCAUGUUGAGAAAUCCUUGUAAGCCUUUCUUCCGUAAUCGCAUAACUGUUGAAUAAAUCGCUUGCUCUGGGGAUUGAAACCUGGAUUUCCUGUGCAAUCUGCAAGAAAUUGCAUAAUCUGGGAUUUGAACCCCAGACCUGGGUGUAGAAGCCUUUAAACUAUAACCACUAGGCUACGGUGCUUCCACCAAAACACAAUUUUAUAUAUGUAUAAUAUGUAAUCACUUAUGGAGAUUCAAUAGUAAACAAAUCGAGAGCAAAAAAACUAAAUCUCUUUUCGUUAUUUUAUAAUCGAUGUUGCCUAUCUAAUUUUGGUAAUUUGUGUCAGCCGCAAAACUUAAUUUUCUUUUGUGCAUAUGAAGUGUUAAAAAUAAUUAAAAUGAGCUAUAAUACGUUAACUAUUCAACAACGAUAAUACAUUUAAGAAACCAAUAUUUGUAUUCGUCAUUUUACAAUCGAUACGGAUUGUAGUGUUACAAAAUGUUAAAACCCUUUAAAUGAACAAACAUUAAUAUAAAAAUUUGCUCCGCGCAUGCGCGCAGUUUAUAAUCUAGUGACUUGCUAAUAGUAGAUAAAAAAAUAAAAUCAUAAAUUAAUAGAUUAGAUAUGCAAUAUAUGUAUAUAUAUAUUGACGACAGAUGCAAUAUAUAUUGUGCUACAGUAGUCGAUAUUUUUCAGCAUAAUGAAUCAUUGUUUGUUUUUGUUAAAGGGUAUAAGAUGAAAUCUGAAAAUAUAAGGAAAAUACUUGUUUCUAUAAAGGGACCAUAAAUUCGUAACUAGUAUUUGUUAGACGUAUUACUACAGACAUACACAUUUAAUCUUCUUGUGGCCUAUUAGGGUCCCUUAUUUAAAUGAUAAAAUACAAAAAUGACUUGUCUCUAUUUCAAUUGGACCAUGUAAGACCACCCGCAUCGGGAGUUUAUGAGAGAGUCAUGGGCUCGGUAUCAUAGGCCUUAUCGAUUAAAAGAAAUGAAUAAAUGGGUUUUAACCCGUGAACCGGGUCUUCCAAGUGAGCCCGUAUGAUACGGGGUCAUGCCACGCGGCGCAGAGGGAGUGGCUACGCGAUCGCGCGGGUUGACUGCGAAAAAAUGGGUUUCGCGUGAAAGACCCCAUUUUCCCUUCUCUCUUCGAAAUCUAGGGUUUCUCCGUCUGUGAAGCGAUUUCGUGUCGGGGUCCAGAGCCGGAGAUUUUGUCGAUCAAUUCGUCGUCGGAGUCACUCGUAAACGCUCUCAGGUGAGUCUCAAUCACUCCGAGGACGAGAUAGCUUCGAUUUGAUCUCGAGAGGUUUCUAGGUUAAGGAAGUCGAUUUGGGGGUUUCGUCUUAGGGUGGGAAAUCGAGAAGGGGUUUUCGAUUUCUUGGUCAAAAUCGACAUACGGUUUCUUUUUAGGGUUCGUUUAUCAUGGAUUUCAUUUCGAUUUGGGGGUUUCGUGUAAGGGUUCAUGCAUGAUAGGAUUAGAGCUUUGAACCGAAUUUUUGACAUAGCAAUAUAGAUAGCAUCAAUGGUUACUAGUCGAUUAACAGCUUCAGUAUGCUUUCUUGAAUGGAAAAACAAACCACAUUUUUGAUUUCUAUAGUUAUGUGGUCUUGUGUGGUCUAUAGUAGUUUGAUGCCAUUUUUUAAAAUUGGAACUCGAUUAAUACAUGUAAUUGGAACUCGAUUGUUGCAGAUGGAAACUCCCCGAGAACCUCAUUUCUUCAAGCCUCUUCUUCCUGGUUUUCAAAGUGGCGUCGCAAUACCACUUGACUUCUACUCAAAACACAUACAAGGGGCUGAGAUCAAUAAACCAUGGAAGCUAAGAUCGGACGCUUCGGAUCAAAUCUGGAAGGUCAUCCGAGAAGGCAGGACACUCACGAAAGGUUGGAAAGAGUUCACCGAAGCACAUGAUCUUCGAAUCGGUGACAUUGUCAUCUUCAAACACGAAGGAGACAUGGUCUUUCAUGUGACUCCUUUUGGUCCUAGCUGUUGUGAGAUUCAGUUUACAAAUCCUCACAUCGCUAAGGAAGAAGCCGACGCGGAUGAUGCUCAUACUUUCUCAUACGACUACUGCUUCUUGGCUGAGGUUACUCCUACAAAUCAAAAGGACGACAAAAUGUUUCUUCCUGUGGAAGCUAUGAGGUGUGGUGCUUUGAACCAACAAUGCAAAGAGGUCAAACUUGUCAACAAGGAGGGAAAGUCAUGGACUGCGCGCUUCGGAUUUAGCGAAUCAGACGGUGCAUAUUACAUCAGCAGAGGGUGGAGAAAGUUCUGUCGUGAUAACAGAUGCACCAACGGAGAUUUGUUUGUGUUCAACGUGGUUGGAGACGGGACGACAACUCCAUUACUGUGUGUAUGUCCGGAAAGGAAGGAGUGUACUGAACUACUGAUCAAGCACUUCAGCAGAAUCGAUGGUAGCAUUGCUUCUACCUCACGAAAUUAGAUGGCUCUUUUGCGGUCUUUCCUCUCUAUCAUCUUAACUUGUUUCUUUUUGUUUCAUUAGCAACUUAUCAACUUAUGUAUUUCGCUUUGUAAAACUUGAAUGGUUUUUCUAUGUGAACUUUUAUCCUAAGUUAAACAUUCUCGAACUUAA